GCCGGCUCCUGUGCCAGCUGGGUGGCCUGAAACUUGUCUGAGGGCAUCAUGGCCGCUGCCCCCCCCCAGCUAGUGUGUUUUUCUGGGGCCAGGUCGUGAGUGCAGGUGGUGCUGGGGGAGUUGUCCCCUUGGCUCGUGUUAAAAGCUUUGCGGUGCUUGGCUGAAAUGGCUGCUGGAAACCAACUUUUUUCCAAGGCCGUGUGGGUGACUUGGGGGGGGACACCGAGGGGCAAAGCUGUUGUCUUUGUCUCUGUGUCUUCUGCCUUUUGAAAUUGGUGAUGCAAGAGGGGGCUGGAGAUGGCCAGAGGGGUCCGUUCCGCAGCUCGCCGGUGGGAUCCCAGUGCUGGUGCCCGGGGUUGUCAGCAUGGGGCGGUGGGCACGGCGACGUGCAUGGGCACGGAGGGAGCAGCGGGUCCUCGUGCAGCCUGCCUGCGUCCUGCAUCAUGGCAGAUUCGUUUGCACGUGCCGCUGGAGCAAUUGGUGACGUUAGAGCGAGCGGAGGUUGUCAGCUGGGGGGAUGGUGGCCGCAUGUCCCCUACCACUCCCAGGCAGCUUCAGAGCCCAGAUGUAUUUGAAACCAGAGCUUGGACUCGGUGGGAGGUUUCACCAGUGCUCCCCGUUCGUAAUUGCCACGUGGCAAUCGUCUCCCUUGCUGUAGCCGUGCAGUGUUGCUAACGUGGUUGACAGCCAAGAUUUGGGCUGGAAUUUCCCCCCCAGCCAUAUUGCAGGGAUUUCAUCGCACCAGCGGCAGGCAUAAUUGUGGUAUUUAAUUAUCGUGUGUGCCUCUGUGCAGAUGCAUAUAUUUAGAGGCAUAAAAAUCACACUUUAUCACAGGAGGGGGCUGCUUACGGGCUUGGCCAGUGCUGUGGUCGUGGUGCUGCAGCUGUGGAUGGGGAAGGCUGUUCUCCAGCACAGGAGAUGACUAAGGAGAGUGACCCCAGAGAGGCUCUGCAAUGAGUUUUGGCCCAGUUGGUUUGACUGCAGGUUAAUUAAAAUAGUGGUGUGCUGGCAGAACAAAGGCUUCAUUUGCCUGUGAGGGACUCAGCAAAGGAACUGAAGCCAAAUUUGGUCUUGAAGGAGGUCCUUGAGAGCUUGCUGCAGGCGAGGGGAGGGUCCCCAUGUUGCUUGACUCCCUGUCCCUCGCUGGGCUCUGUCUCUGCUGUUUCCCUGCUAACCUGGCCUUUCUCUUCGCUAGGUCAAGCUGGGAGCUGCCCGACCUGCGAGAAGGAAGAGUAAAAGCCAUCAGCGAUUCAGAUGGCGUGAGCUACCCCUGGUAUGGAAACACCACAGAAACUGUGACCCUGGUUGGGCCCACUAACAAGAUCUCCAGGUUCUCGGUGAGCAUGAAUGACAAUUUCUACCCCAGUGUGACAUGGGCUGUCCCUGUGAGCAACAGCAACGUGCCGCUGCUGACCAGGAUUAAAAGGGACCAGAGCUUUACCACGUGGCUGGUGGCCAUGAACACCACUACCAAGGAAAAGAUCAUCUUGCAGACUAUAAAGUGGAGGAUGCGAGUGGACAUUGAGGUUGACCCCAUGCAGCUGCUGGGGCAGCGGGCACGGCUGGUGGGAAGGACUCAGCAGGAGCAGCCCCGAAUCCUCAGCAGGAUGGAGCCCAUCCCACCAAAUGCACUAGUGAAACCCAAUGCCAAUGAUGCCCAAGUCCUCAUGUGGAGACCCAAGCGAGGCCAGCCUAUAGUCGUGAUACCUCCCAAGUAGAGUAGCGCAGGUGUGCGCGCAUGAGGACCUGGGUGCUGUCAGCCUGCUGCAAACGAACGGGGUUUCUGAGCCAAAGCAGACCUCUUGGGUUCUCCUGCCUUUGUAGCUGUGGUUGGAAACACGGCUCCUCCUUAGUCAGAAAGGGAGCCUGGCUGGCAUGGAGGUGCAGAAGAGGGGUCGCUGAGCUGGAGGAUUUCCCAGGAAGUGGAAUUGAGUACUUCUAGGGGCUUAUGGCUGGCAAAGAGGCUGUCUGACCUAAACGACUCGUCCUUCCUUGCAGGGCAAUGCAAGGAGCGUGAGUGUGAUCUAACUGUGCCUGUGGCGAAUGCUGCUUUCCACCCAACUGGAAGUAGAACCGGAGACCGUGCCUGCUGGAUGCGGAGGGAUCCUGCAGUGACCCUCCCUGCUGGGGCAUGGGUGUCCUCGUGGUGUCUAUACCUAUGCAUUUCGGAUUGAUAAUCGACCCCUCGCCCUGCCCGCUGGGACUGGGCAGGAGGGCUCAGGAGCAGAGUGGGAGGUGGCAGUGCCAGGGUGCUGAACCAGAGCCUGGCACUGGCCAGCACUGCUGCCCUGGAGGGGUUUUCCACAGCUGAGGGGAAGGGGGACAUGUUUUGCAUGCGUCUGGGUGUGUUUGGAGUAGUUGUGAGUGUAGGAGAUGCCAUAGCUCUUUUCUGUCUCGGAGUGAGAUCUAAGGGCAGGUUAGAUGUCCUUUCGUUUUAAGGUGCACUAAAUCUUUGCAGUUCCUCAACCUCCCCCCCCUCCCCCCAAUCCCACUGACCCUUCUCUUACGGAAGCAAAAUCAAUUCUCAGCCUAGUGAAAAUUCGGGAGUGGUGCCCGUUCACCCAGGCCAGGUGCUUGCUGACUGUGUGUGUGGUACCCAAACCAGGGUGGAAGUAUCCUGAGACUCGCACGCUUCCACCACAGACCCAAGUCCCUUGCAAGAAGUUGGAUGCUUGCUCAUUUUCCACACAAAUACCAGCUCACAUGGAGACCCGUUUCCUCCUCAGCCACCCACAGAGCAGGGUCCUACUGGCAGGGAUGCUGGUGGAGGGGAUGGCACGCCUUGUGGUAACUCCCCAGGCUCUGCAGGGAUGGGGGUCUUCUCUCCGGGGGUUGGAGGCAGGGAUGUGAGUAGAGGCUGCGUGGGCCAGGCCUGGGUUUGCCUGGGAAGGAAGAAGUGAACAUGUUGCCUGGGUGCUGCCUCCUGCUGCGGCAGGUGCUUAGUGAGUAACAGGGUUUUAUUUGCCUUUCUUCUCGCCCCUUGCUGCCAGGGUAGCUGGCAUUGUCUGGUCCAUGGGUGGAUGCCGUGCUCUGGGCCAUGACCUGCAAUUCCCAGUAUCUUGCCCUUGAGAUGCAGCAGAGGUGUAAGCCAUGGCUGCACUGCCGAUGCCCCAGGCACCCUGUUGCUCCUGAGCUGAUGAUUACGGCUUUUGCCACUUUCUCUGCUCUGUCUGCUGCCCCGGCACAAGCCCUGCGGCUCCUCUGGCUCACACCCCUGCCUUUGCACCAUGGGAGGUUUGUGCUGCCUUGGGGAUGCAGGUAAUUCCUGCUAGGAGGGUCCCAUCUCCUGUCCCAUCACCAGGAGAGCCUGGGGAGGGUCACCAGUUUAGCACUUCCAUGCAAACCUUUUUCUGCAGUGUUAACAGUGCUGCCCCUCAGCCUGGCUGUUGGGAUGCCCAGCCCAGCGCUGCUUUGCUCCCCAUGGUGUGCUGGCACAUCCCCACAGCAUCACUCCAGAGAGCAUAGCUGAGCUCCUGCAAAGCUUCAGCCAUAGCUUGUGCUUUUCCGGGGUGGGAUGCAUACCCUGGUCCCUGCCGGCAAAGGGGCUCCCCAGGAAUCUUAGACCAAAAAUCCCUGUGAAAUCCCCAUGCUACUUAUUCUCAGUAGUGUUUGCUGCUGAUUCGAUUGUUUAUUUAUUUUUCCCUUUGGGAGCGUUGCAUUUUGAUGCACACUUCUCCAUGCUGGGGCUGGCAGUCCUGCUCCUCCCGCUUGGCCUUGCAGUGGGCUGGGAACCUGCUGCUUUUGGUGCCUAUUUCUGGGUGUCACUGGGGCUACAGCCUUGUGGUGGGAAAGGUUUGGUGGAAGAGGGGACUCUGAGCUUGGGUUUGCUGUGUUUUCUAGUGAAAAACUUCUACUGGGAGCUUGACUGCAUGGGAAGGUGUCCCGCACUUGUGAGACUCUGCCCGUGGUUUUGUCCUGGUAGGGGAUUGACGGCAGCUUUUGCCGUCACUGAUGUUUCAUUUGUCAAAAUGCGUGUGUGGAGAGGGAUUAGAAACUUUAAAUACAAUUUUCCUUAACGUUUGGGGGAGGAGGAGGCGGUAAGUACCUUUUGGUUUGAAAUAAGGCGGAUGUAUACUUUUGACCCAGUGGGAUAGAAAUGUCUCUGGCAGCAUCAGAGCUAAAAAGCCAGAGGAAGGGGCUCCCCAACAAAUGGGUAGACCCGAGAUGGGCUUCCUGCUGGAAGAGGAUGCUGUGUCCAGAGAGGCUGUGUGAGCCAGCUCCCCAAAACCUGUGGGGAAGGGCCAGGGCUGUGCUCAGAGUCUGCAUGCUGGCUGUCAGCCCAGGGAGCACGCUGAGACAGCGGUGGCUGCCGUUUCUGUCCAUGUGUGUCUGCAACGUCCCCGGGGAGGUGCUUGAUGCUGCCUGGUGCUGAUGUUGGGGUCAGAGCCUGGCUGUAGCCAUGUGCCUGCACAACCAGGGCUGCCCCAGCCUGCAGGCAGACUCUGGCUGAGCCCUGGGGCUGUGCCUGUGCUCACCCCUCCAGGCUUCUGCCAGGCUUCCAUGCCCACUCCUUCUCCGAUGGCUGGAUUUGAUGUGCUUAACUCGGUUUGAUGCGUGGGUUGUCUUCGUGGGCAUUUCCCCGUUAAAAAAAGAAAAAAAAAAAGUUUGCAAAAAUUGUUGGCAAAAAAAAUUUGCAAACAAUGUUUGCAAAAAUUUGCAGGCAUCUGGCGUGUUCACAAAAGGUGCGUGCUCACACUUGGGUGGAGGUGCUGGGUGAGCAUCUACCCGAGCUUAGUUGCACUGACUGCAAGGCUCCUGAUGCUCAAGAGAAGGGGAGGGAAGAGAGGCAGUGGGCGGGAGCUCCCCCCUGCAAAUCUGGGUUUGGCUUAUGUCCCUGUGGCCUGCAGCAGUACUGAUGGGGACCCUGAGCCGGAGUCCCAGCUGCAGAGCCCACGCCCAGGACCAGCACCUGGACCCCUGGGCUCAGUUGCCCCGUGGGAUGCCUUCCCUGUGCCCCCCUUUCACAUCAGCACCCCAUUAUCUCAGGGAGGGACAGGUCAUGGAGAUGCCCACCUGCAUGCUUCCCUUGCCCUGAGCCUCGGGGUGCCCCUUCCCCUCUGUCCCUGUCCUUGAGUCACUUUAUUUAUUUAUUUAUUUAUUUAUUGAUUGAUUGAUAUUUAUUGAUGGCUGGAAGUCAGGGGGUCAUUUCUGCUGUGUGGUGGGGGCAGCUGGGUCCCCCCCUGCCCAGCCCCCUGCAUUUUGGGGUGUUGCUGCGUGUUUGGGAGUGCUGCUGGGGAGGGAUGCUUGCAGACCCCUGUGCUCCCAUCCCCUUUCGGAGCUGGGGCAGGGAGAAAGGAAAAGGGGACUCACAUCGGUGCCUGCAGGGAGGACACCUGGUGCCUGUCCCCUUCCCACAGAAGCUCAAAGCCCUUGUACCCCCUCCCCAGGCACUGUGCUCCCUCCCAUGCCCGUCCAUAUUUAUUGAUCUGGCCUCCUGGCAUUUCUCCAUUUGGCUCCCGCUGGAUUUGCUGUUGCCAAUUCCUGGAGAUGGUGAGAAGAGCCAGGACGUGUGGGUGUUGCUAUGGAGAAAAGGCCAAACCAGGUAUUCUGCUGCCGCGUGGGGAAAACUGGAAGAAGAGGAAAGCUGGUUUUGCAGAGUGCCUUAAACACAAAUGACUUACCGAGUAGGGGGCUUGGACUUCUGUCUCUGGAUGUUAUUACAAACUCGAACAAAUGUUGCAUUUCACUUCUCUGGGAUUAAAAGAAAACCACUCGAGCUGUACUGGAACCAAACCCUGCGUGUGUUUGAGUCUGUCGGGUUGGCUUGCACCUCUGGGGACAUGGUGGUGUGGGGGAGCAGGCAGGAAUUCAUGGGCUUUCAGCCGUUAGCGCGGUGGGACCAGUGGCUGCCUCUGCUAGCUUUAAGCCCCUGGGUGGGGUGAUGGGACUUGUUCCCCCUUGUCCCGACUUGCAGGUGGCUUCUCUGGUGUCCCAGUGAGGUUGUGCUUGCCCUGCAGUGCCCCCUCCCUGGGGAUGGUCAGAGCAGCCGUUUGCACAAAACUUGCCAUGAGGCCACAUCCUCAAAAAACCAAAUAAUUGGGCAGUUGCUUGGAAAGCUCUGGUAGGCAUCCCUUUUUUCCUUGGGAAACCAGCUCAGAGCCAGGGCUGUGUGCUGAGGGACCACCAAGAAACCCAGGAGCUUAUGCAGCCCAACUGUGGGGAACUAGGGAAGCUGCCAAGCUUGAUAAGGCUGAAAAAACUACACAGAAAAGGGAUGUUUCCCCUUUGAACUUGCAGAUCUCCCUCCCACUUCGCACGGAGUGGAAGAGGGGAAACAAAAGUCAACCUGGAGACCAGGGUUUUUCUUCUUAUAGUAAAAGUAAUACAUGGAGAUAAUGCAGAAUUUCAUAAUGUAGGUUCAUUGAAGUAAUUUGGGAAAAAAUAGAAAUAUUCACUGUAUAGUUCCUGGAGGCAAUUAAAUAUUAAUGGUUUUUUUUCAAUAAUGAAAGAGGGAGGUCUCUCAAACACAGCUGUUUAGGGAAGGAUGUCCUCAGUCUUGGCCUGCAUGCUGGGGUGGAGGAGGGCAGUGAUGGGUGCUGGGAGACUCCCAGCAGCAUUAAAUGUUGUCUGAGGACUGACAGGUCUCAUCCCACGUGGGUGUGGGUGCUGUCCCAGGAUUAGGGUCUGCGGGAUGCUCAUUGCAUCCAGUGUGCUGCUUACCAUGAGCAUCAACCCUACUAGUCCAGGCUUGCUGUGGGAUAUGUCUGUGCCCUGAGCCAGCCAAUUUCUUUUAACAGCUGCUCAUUUUGAGUGUUGCUGAUUGCGCUGGGCACCAAGAGAUGCUGGCAGACAGCCUAUGAGCUAUUUGGUGAGGCUUCUUUGCUAGUGUUAUAUUAAAACAUCAGUCUUCUCUUGACAGAUCCCUGAGGUGUAGGUGCAGCAGAGCUGGGAGGAGUUUGUAUCAUGCCUGGAAAGCAGGGUAGGACCCCCCACCCAGCAGCUAACAGCAGGCCAGGUCAAGGCAUGUUCCCUGAGCAGACAUCUCCUCUUUCCCACCACCGAGGCUCUGCCACAGAGCAGGUGCAGCACAGCUGUCCUGGGCCCUGCUGCCUUGUCUGAGACUAUCUGUCUGUUUUUCCAAAGUGCCUUAUUUAUAG